GGCGGAUGAGCCCGGGAGACGAAGAGAUUUGUCGCGGCAAGUGCAGAGAGCUGCUAGAUGCAGGACUGAUACGACCGUCAAACUCGGCAUACGCAGCGGCUACGGUGGUAGCAGCGAGGACGGACUUGACUGGAGAAGUACUGGCCAGGAGAAUGUGCGGUGACUACCGGGAGUUAAACCGUAUAACAAAAGCAGAUCGUUACAGCGUGCCCACGGCAGAGGAGAUCUUCGACAGGCUGGAAGGAGCGGUCAUCUUUUCAACACUGGACAUGCGGCAGGGGUUCAAUCAGAUAGUCAUUCAGGAAGAAGACAAAUGCAAGACCGCCUUCCAUGGCGUGGAUGGCCUGUACGAGUGGAAUGUAAUGCUAUUCGGACUGAGGAAUGCCUCAGCCGUGUUCCAGCGAGUCAUGGAUCAGGUACUGAAGACGGUCCCAUCAGCAGCGUGCUACAUUGAUGACGUGGUGAUCUACAGCAAGACGGAGGAGGAGCAUGCGGAGCAUCUGAGAGCAACGCUGGACGCGAUAGCAGCAGUGGGACUAACCUGUCAUCCGGAGAAGUGCAAGAUAGCUAGGAGGACAAUUACUUACCUGGGAUUUGAAGUCCGAGGAGGAAAGAUGGGCAUACAGGAGGCAAAGGUGGCAGUGCUUGACAAGCUGGGGGCACUGAAGGACAAGGGAGCACUGAGGGCACUCCUGGGGUUUCUAAACUACUACCGACGCUUCAUCCCCAAUUUCAGCAAGAGAGCUCACCGGCUGAACCAACUGCUGAGGGAAGGGCAAGCCUGGAAGUGGGGACCAGAGGAGGAACAGGCAAGAAGGGACCUACUAGAGGCCAUUAAAGCUGGAACGGUACUACAGCUGCCAAGGAGAAACUUACCGUUCACGUUGUACACUGACUGGAGCAGCAUGGGCAUGGGAGCAGUAUUGUGUCACAAAGUGCAGCAUGGGCAUGGGCAUGGGAGCAGGGGGGUGGUGUAAGGAAAUUCCCUUUUCCUUACUA